AGGAUUUUGGAUUUUUGGAUUUGGGUUUUUAAUAUGUUUUUUGGUAAUUGUUCCUUUAACCGUAAUAACUCUUUGUUGCUAUUGUUUCAUCUGUUAAUGCUAAGAUUUUGCGACUUAAAUCAAUUGGGAUUUUUUUUUAUUGUUGUUCGAUUUGAAAUUGGGUUUUUGUCUUUGAGAGUUUUCCUCUUUUGUUCUUCACAAAUCUUUGUUUUUCUUGCACAUUUGCUGCUUGGUUAAUGCUAAUGGGAUGUAGAAUUAUGGAUAGUUCUUUUCCUGCACAGUUACUGUCCUUCAAAAAGCUUUAAUUCAAAAUUUGUGUGAAGAGCUGGUGUAGAUGUCUUUAGUUGGGCGGCCCUACCUGUCUCUAUAGAGUUGAUAAAACUUUGCUACAUUAUGGUAUGUUGGAGAGAAGGGAGGUGAAUCUUAAGUAUUAGAGUGGAUAAAAUGAAGCUAUUGUAGAGUCAAGAGUUUUUACUUUCUUUUCUCUCAUUUGUUUGUAUUAGUGUGCAGAAAAUGUGUGAUUAGUUUAUUCUUCAUUCUCUUCAUUCUCUGGGAGUGGUUACUGAGAUUGAGUUACUGAGAGAAUUAGGAUGGAACAUUAAAAAAUGAGAAAUCUUAUGUUAUAGCUAAUGUUUAGAAUUUUCAUUUUAAGCUAUAACUUAGUAAUACAGCAGACUUCCAUUUGAGCAUUGUUUAAUAAUUAAUUUAAAGAUACUGUUGUUUUGGUCUGUUAAGUGAUUCUAUUACUCAGAAAUGUAUGCUCAAGUUUUGUGUUUUAUGCUGAUCAUUAAUACAGUAGUUGACUGUCUCAGAUGAUUUUGAGUAUGCCGUUUAUUCUUCAUCUGAGCUUAUGUUCAGCUUUGAGCAUUGAAAAUUGAAAGCAAAUUUAUCUAAUUUUCUGUAGACCUUUAAAUUGCAGUUGUUAAGAAGUUUUCCUUGCCAAAUGAUGACAAAUUG